UAACUUUUCAUGUUCAGGAAGUCGAGGAUUAACUGACGAAGUCCCAACAACCAGUUAUCUCGUAUCAGUAUCUCUCCAGAUUUCACCCGUCCUCACAUCUAAAACCCUUCGAUCGUGCAAUACAAACACAGUCGUUAUUUUCAACAUGGGCAAUUCAUCUUCAUCAGAAUCCACUGAGCCAGUACAGCUGACGCAGCCGGGAUAUAAUCCGAACAGACCUGAGCUGCCGAAGCCGCUACCGAGACCCAAGAAGAAAGAGUCGACCCCUCAGGAAAAGCUUCACCAGCUUCUACGUGCCAAUCAUGCGUCGUACGCUGUGCUGUAUCAUGAUCGUGAAUAUCACAAUCACAUGCCUCAUCUACUCGGUUCUGCGUACCUCCUCGGCGCAGAGAUUUAUCAAUUGAUGGAGCUUUACGAGGACUACUCCAGCAAACUCGAGAGCUGGAAAGAAGACAGUCCUCAAGAAGUUACCCACUUUGAUUGGCGUGAGUUUUACGGUCAGAGAGAGUUCCAGCGCGGAUACAGAGACUACUUUGACGAUCUUGUUGUUGAUGCUAGUUUCGAGUGGAAGAAAAUUGUUAGCAAGUUGCUCCUUGAUAGCAAAGGGGCUUUGCUACAUGCUUUGAUUAGCGAUCUUGCUCAUCCCUUGAUUCAUCUUGCUUACGCCUAUGAACUCAACAGCGCCGAAGUUGCGACUGAAGCUCUGACUCUUGACGCAACCUGCUACGACUCGUCCGCUCUUUUGAUCAAGGGUUUCGUCAAAGCGUACGAGAAUCUAUCGAUCGCCGAGCGCGCAGAGACCCUUGAGAAGGAUCCGUUGAAAGUACUACAGUUGAUCAAGGAUAGCCCCGAGAUUACUGCAACACCUAUUAGCACGCUAGGGCCUUUCGACACUUCAGACGAAGCUCUUGAUAGCUCAAGUGCCGCGCUGCUGGCAUUCGCUACCAGACUUGACUUUUCAGACUUCCAAAAAACCUUUGAGAGGAUUUUCCAUGCUACAUCGCUGCUCGUGACUGCCUCGCACGAGUCAGACAAGUAUGAAGUAGACUUUGCGCUCCUUCACACUCUCACGGCUGCGCACGCAGUCCAAGUGAUUCUUCCCCAUCUGCCCAAGGCGCAAAAGACUGAGCUCGUGAUCUCGCUCUGGAUAUUUGUUGUGCUUACUUAUAUCCGUGGAGGAAGACCGGCUAUUGAUGUCGAGAAGAUCUGGUCUUACGAGGGAGUGCCGAAGGAGAAUCGGAACUGGGAGUAUAUCUCGCAGCAUGCCUUAUCUGCGGACAUGAGAUUCGAUGCGCACUACCUGAAGGUCAUCCGCGCUCUGAAGACGCUCUACGAGACCUCGCAUAUCGCUGACGAUCCUAGCAUAUAUCUUCUCCAAGCCGCACAGUUUGCAUUCGAAGUGCGCAAAUUUGAGAAAUGAGAAACCAGGGAAGUGGGAUGACCGAAUUUGAAUUAUUGCGAGAGUUGUUGAAUGUUUGGAAACCAUGAGUAUGGGAGGGGGGUGCUUGUA